AUGGCCGAGACGACAAUCAAAGUCCCAUGUUCCUCAGCGAACAUUGGCCCAGGCUUUGACGUGAUCGGUCUUGCUCUCUCAGUCUGGCUGGAAGUCACACUCACCACCGACGACCAGGCUUCAUCUGGAGCACCAUACAACUGCAGGAUCACAUAUGAAGGCGUCGGCGCAGAAAAUGUGCCUCUCGAAGCAGACCGCAACCUCAUUACACAGACCGCACUUUACGUAUUGCGAUGCGAUGGCCAAAGGUCAUUUCCACCCAACACACAUGUGCACAUCAACAACCCAAUCCCUCUAGGACGAGGUCUCGGCUCUUCUGGUGCAGCAGUAGUUGCAGGUGUCGCUCUUGGCAGUGAAGCAGGCAAGCUCAACCUUUCGAGGGAACGCAUUCUCGACUACUGCUUGAUGAUCGAGAGACAUCCGGACAAUGUCGCUGCAGCCCUUUACGGUGGCUUUGUUGGUAGCUACCUCAAGGAGCUCAAUCCUGAAGACAUGAAGCGCAAGGAAAUCCCGCUCGCGGAGGUUCUUCCUGCCCCACAAGGAGGUGAAGAUACCGGACUGACACCACCUAUUCCACCGAAUGACAUCGGCAAGCACAUUCGAUUCAACUGGGCACCGGAGAUCAAGUGUAUAGCCAUCAUUCCGGAGUUUGAAGUCAAGACUGCAAUGGCUCGUGAAGUGGUACCACAAUCUUACGACAAGAAGGAUGUGAUCUACAACUUGCAGAGAGUGGCAUUAUUGACGACUGCGCUUGGACAGAGUCCGCCAAAUCCAGAGCUGAUCUAUGAUGGUAUGCAAGACAAGAUCCAUCAGCCAUACCGCAAAACACUUAUCCCUGGCUUGACCGAAAUCCUACACUCAGUCACGCCAAGCACACAUCCUGGAUUGCUCGGCGUAUGCCUCUCAGGAGCUGGACCAACGAUACUUGCGCUUGCAACCGAGAACUUCGAGCAGAUUGCAAACAGACUCAUCGACCAGCUCAAGAAGAGCUACAAGGAAGCCAAGUCUGUCGACCUGGAGUGUAACUGGAAGCUGCUCGAGCCCGCCACUGACGGUCUCACCAUAACUCACGAGGGCGAAUCGCAAAGCAAGGGUAUGACUUACGCAGAUGCCGGCGUAUCGAUCGACGCUGGCAACAACUUUGUUGAGAGAAUCAGAGCCGCCGUGAAGUCGACCAGCAGGCCCGGCGCAGAUGCCGAGAUCGGUGGCUUCGCAGGCGCAAUAGAUCUGGUCGCAGCUGGCUACGAGGAGGCCCCAACAAUAGUCUCCUGUAUCGACGGCGUCGGCACGAAGCUCAUGAUCGCAUUCGGCAUCGAAGACUACUCAACCGUCGGCAUCGACCUCGUAGCCAUGAGCGUGAAUGAUUUGAUCGUGCAAGGCGCCGAACCUCUCACAUUCCUGGACUACUAUGCCUGCUCGCAUCUCGACCUCGAUAUCGCGGCUCCGUUUGUUGAGGGUGUUGCGAAGGGAUGCAUAGAAGCCAACUGCGCACUGGUCGGUGGCGAGACGGCGGAGAUGCCGGGUCUGUAUGCGGGUAAGGACUUUGAUGCAGCUGGCGAGGCGAAUGGUGCGAUCAGAAGAGGCCAAAAAGUCCUUCCCGAUCUUGACUCGAUGAAAGAAGGAGACGUCCUUCUCGGCCUACCAAGCAGUGGCGUUCACUCGAACGGCUUCUCCCUGGUGCGAAAGAUUUUGGAGCGGAAACGUCUCAGUUACCGCGACCAAGCGCCUUGGAAUAGCAGCAAGUCUGUUGGCGAAAGUCUUCUCACACCUACCAGAAUCUAUGUUAAGCCCCUCAUGGCUGCUAUCAAGGACGAUCUCCUCCUUGGCAUGGCCCACAUCACAGGUGGUGGUCUGGAAGACAACAUUCCCCGCAUGCUGCCGAAGGAUGGUCAUCUUGCUGCUGAGGUCGAUGUCUCGACAUGGGAGGUGCCUGCCGUGCUUAAGUGGUUGAAGCAAGCUGGUAAUGUCAGCAGUCGGGAGUUCGCCAGGACGUGGAAUACAGGAUUGGGCAUGGUGAUUGUGGUGAAGGAGGGGCUUGCGGCAGAGGCCACGAAGGUGCUGGAGGCUAACGGGGAGAAGGUGCAUAGGAUUGGUAAGCUGGUGGCACAUAAGGGUGAGGGAGUGGUGCUGAAGAACUUGGAGCAUUGGGAGAAGUAG